GUGAGGCGGAUUUGAAAAUUUCGCUGAUGCAGCUGAAGAUGUUCAUAGCACAAAGCAAGAGUAUACCAUUUCGUGGACAUGUCUAUCUUACCGGUGAAUGCAACUAUGGUGGGCGCGUUACGGAUGACAAGGAUCGCCGCUUAAUCCUUUCACUGCUCAACAUGAUAUAUAAUCCAACCACAAUCGAAAUGGACAACUAUCCCUUAUCACAAUCGGGCACCUAUCGUGUACCACUAAAUCCAACGCGUCUCAAUGCCAUCGAAUACAUUUCGACAUUUGCACUUAGUCCACAUCCGGAAGUGUUCGGCUUACAUGAAAAUGCCGACAUUAAUCGCAACAACAAGGAGACGAGUAGCUUGAUUGGCGGUGUUUUACUCACUCAAACGGAUUUAAUGGCUUCUGUGAAGGCAAGUGGCACAGCGGGUGGUGCUGUUGUUGACCCAGCAUUUGCCAUAUGUAAAGACAUUCUUUCACGCCUACCAAAGCCUUUCAGUCUUGCAGAGGUGGGUCAAAAGUAUCCGGUGGUGUAUACGAAUUCCAUGAAUACCACAUUCAUUACGCGCAACAUGGACCAAUCAUUUGUGGAGCCACCACUCUUCGAUUUGAAUGCCUCAUUUGCUGACAGUUCGCCAAGAAUCCCAUUGGUCUUUCUGCUAUCGCCUGGCUCGGAUCCAAUGGCCAAUCUAUUCAUGUACGCCAAACAGCGUAACAUGUAUGACAAAACAAAAACAAUUUCAUUGGGUCAAGGUCAAGGUCCACGCGCCGAGAAAAUGAUUUUGGAAGCAAAUCGUUACGGCCAUUGGGUUGUUUUGCAAAAUUGUCACGUCGCUGUCAGUUGGAUGGGCGAAUUAGAGCGCAUUUGCAAUGAUACGACGUUGGCAGAGUCAGCACAUCCGGACUAUAGGUUAUGGUGCACUUCGUAUCCCAGCAACGUAUUUCCCGUGUCGGUGCUGCAGAAUUCGUGA